AUGCUGUAUCUCGUCGGUCUCGGCCUCUCCGACGAGACCGACAUCACCGUCAAGGGGCUCGAGGUGGUCAAGAAGGCGUCCAGGGUGUACCUCGAAGCCUACACAAGCGUCUUGCUCGUCGACCAGUCGGUCCUGGAGAGCUACUAUGGCCGCUCCAUCAUGAUUGCAGACCGUGAGAUGGUCGAGUCCAACAGCGAGGAGAUUCUGCGCAGUGCCCAGGACGAAGACGUGGCCUUUCUCGUCGUCGGAGAUCCCUUCGGCGCAACCACGCAUACUGACCUCGUUCUCCGAGCCAGAGAGCUCUCCAUCCCGGUCAGAACGGUGCCCAACGCCUCUAUCCUGUCGGGCAUCGGCGCCUGCGGUUUGCAGCUGUACAACUUUGGGCAGACCGUGUCCAUGGUCUUCUUCACCGACGCAUGGAAGCCGUCGUCAUUCUACGAUCGGAUAAAGGAAAACCGCUCGAUUGGUCUGCAUACUCUUGUGCUCGUCGACAUCAAGGUGAAAGAACCUAGCCUGGAAAACAUGGCCAGGGGAAGAAAGAUUUACGAACCGCCCCGAUACAUGACUGUCGGCCAAUGCGCGGCGCAGAUGCUUGAAAUCGAGGACCAGAGGCAAGAAGCCGUGUACAGCCGCAACAGCUUGGCCAUUGGCGCUGCUCGGGUCGGGGGCAAGACGGAAAAGUUUGUUGCUGGGACGCUCGAGGAGCUGUGCUCUGCCGACGAGGAGCUCGGCCCGCCGCUGCACAGCCUGGUGUUGCUUGGAAGCAGGACGCACGAGCUUGAGCGUGACUUUGCCCAUCAGUUUGCGCUGGAUAAGGACAGGUGGAACAAGCUCUGGAAGACAGAAUAUGGCAAGCAAUGA